GCAGCUACAGGGAGAUCCAUUAUGGAGUUCCAGAAUGUUGCAAACAAAUCCACAAGCUAUCAAAAAUGUCCAUGCAAGUUACCUUUCUUGUGGAGCUGAUGUCAUCAUCACAGCCACAUACCAGGGGAGUGUGGCAGGAUUUAUGAAGUAUCUUGGUUUGACGUCAGAAAAAGCUGACCAGCUCUUGCAGUCAGGAGUACAACUUGCCAAAGAGGCUGUUACUGCAUUUCUCUCAGAAUCCAGAAGUUCAGAGAGAGCAAUGCCCCUCGUUGCAGGCUCCAUUGGUCCUUAUGGAGCUUCUUUGCAGGAUGGUUCUGAAUAUUCGGGUGACUAUGUUGAUCAGAUGACUAAAGAGGAAUGAAAGACUUGGCAUCGACCUCAGAUGCAGUCCUUAAUAACAGCAGGAGCGGAUCUCAUUGCUAUGGAAACAAUUCCCAGUCAGAAGGAAGGAGAAGCUAUGGUGGAACUUCUUAGAGAAUUCCCAAACACUAAAGGCUGGCUGUCAUUUUCCUGCAAGGAUGAACAAUGUAUUUCCCAUGGAGAAAGGUUUGCUGAUGCUGUGAAAUCUGUGAUCAAAUCUGAUCAGCUGGUGGCCGUAGGAUUAAACUGCUGCCCUCCCGAUAUAGUUAGUUCGCUCCUUGCUACUGUUGAACAAAAUAAGCGUCCAAAAGGAGGAUGGAUUGUAUAUCCAAAUAGCGGAGAAAAAUGGAACCCGAAUACAUACUGGGGAAGUGGUCAAGUCAAAAGUCAAUUUGCAGAGCUUGCAUUGGAAUGGAAAGAACUUGGUGCUAAAUGGAUUGGUGGAUGUUGUCGAAUUACUCCAGUUGAUAUAGCUGAACUACGAUGCGUGUUGAAACCAAAUUUGAAGCUUAAAUGAGGUUCAAAUAAUGCCAAGAAUGUAAAUACCACUAUCUUUCAAUGCCUUUAUCAACUAUUAUAAAUGUUGUUAAAUACUAUAUAAAAAUGUAUAAAAACCUAAUAAAUAAUA